GCCGCCAGGCAUCUACGGUCCCCGCACGACCCUCGUAUGAUUUUCACAGAUCGUUACCCUCACAUUCAUAGCCCUCUCCAUCCAUAGCAAAUCCCACAACAACCAUGAUUUCCUCAGCCUUGCGCAUGGCCCUCAGAGCCAGACCCGUUCCUAUGACUAGAUUCACUGCCGCCUCUGGUGUUUCAAUGGGCAGAAUGGCCGUUCCCCAAAUCAGAACCUACGCCAACAACCACGAGCACCACGAGGAGACUUUCGAGGAGUUCACUGCCAGAUACGAGCAGGAGUUCGAGGGAGCCUACGACUUGUUCGAGGUGCAAAGAAUCUUGAACAACUGUUUCUCCUACGACUUGGUCCCUUCGCCAUCCGUGAUCCAAAAGGCCUUGGAGGCGUGCAGAAGAGUGAACGACUACCCAACUGCCGUCAGAACUUUCGAGGCCUUGAAGCACAAGGUCGAGAACAAGGAGCAGUACCAGGCCUACUUGGACGAGUUGAAGGAGACCAGAGAGGCCUUGGGCAUCGACUUGAAAGAAGACUUGUACCUCGAGUAGGCGGUCUUCUGCGGUAUGUAGUCAAACAUGAAAUCUAAGCAAAAGUACUUACGAUAAACCAUAAAGGGAGCCGAAACGACACGUAGUAUUUGGGGGAAGUGGUUCGGGGCGUAGUUUUUUGGAGGCGACCAACUGGGACAGUUUUGGAGGCGACCAGCUGGGAUAGUUUUGGAGGCAACCAGCUGGA